AACUUAGCUCUGUUUCUGACUCUCCAAUGGCGACGAUGAUACGUAAAGGCCUAACAAACCCCUCUCAGGCUCUUCCCGACCAAGCCAUUGUGACCUCCAUAACCACUCUUCUCCACACCCUAAACCCCAAAAAGGCUAACCCUUCUGAACUUAACAAGUUCUCACAAAGCUUAAACCCAAGCUUAGUCACCCGAGUGAUCAAAAACCAGACCGACCCAGAUCGUGCUCUCUUCUUCUUCAACUGGGCUUCAAACCCAAUCCCCAAUCCAAACAACUAUUCCCACACCCACCUCUGCUACGUCGCCAUAACUGACCUCCUCCUCUCUCACUCCCUCUUCUCCACCGCCUCAUCACUGCUGUUACAGUACAAUAGACUAUCUGAUUUCAUGGUGGGAAGGUUGAUCAAAGCUCAUGGCGACCGUGGCGAUAUCAGAGGCGCGAUUGAUUGGGUUUACAGAGCGAAAAUGAUUGAGAAUGGAAGGUGUUUGUAUUCGUACAAUGCUAUAUUGGGUGUCUUGGUUAGGGCUUGUAGGAUUGGUUUGGCUAAGGCUUUUUAUGAUCAGAUUGUGAGGGAAGAUGUGGUGAAGCCUGAUGUUUAUACUUACACGACGAUGAUUAGAGGGUUUUGUAAAAUGGGUAUGAUUGAGGGUGCGCAGAAGGUGUUCGAUGAAAUGAUUUGUGGCCCGAAUUUGAUGACUUACAAUAUUUUGAUUGAUGGGUUUUGCAAGAAGGGUGAUAUGGAGGGUGCUAGGAGGGUAUUGAGACUUAUGAUGGAGAGUAAGCAUUGUUUGCCUGAUACUGUGACUUACACAACUUUGGUUGAUGGGUUUUGCAGGAGAGGUGAAAUGGAAGAGGCAAUGGAGUGCUUGAAGGAAAUGGAGGAACACGGCUGCGAGCUGAAUGUAGCGACUUACAACGCGUUGAUUCAUGGGUUUUGUUUGGUUGGAGAAGUUGAUGAAGGGAAGAGAAUGAUAGCAAGGAUGAGGUUGAAUGGUGUAAAGGAUGAUGUAGCAACACACACAGCUGUGUUGAAAGGGUUGUGCAUUGCUGGGAAGCCUGAUGAAGGUGUUGAAUAUCUAAAAGAGAUGGCUGUUUGUGGCAUGAAUUUGGAUUUGAAAGCAUAUGGGGUUAUUGUAAACCAGUAUUGCAAAGAGAAGAAACCAGAUAAAGCAAUUUCUCUUCUUCAAGAGAUGAAAACCAAAGGCCUUAAUCCAAGUGUUUCGAGCUUUAACUCAGUUCUUAAUGUUCUUGUCGAAAAUGGGGAUUUAGAUAGAGCUGUACUACUUUUGAACCAGAUACCUCUAAUGGGUUGCCAUCCAAAUUACUUGUCAUGCGACAUGGUUAUUCGUAGUCUUUCUCGGAUUAGAGGUAGGAUGAAAGAAGUUGAAGAGCUCGUUGGCUCGAUGAUUCGAGAUGGUCAUAAGAUCGGUAGCGCCUUGUAUGGUUGCUUAAUUAAGGGCUACUCUGAGGAAGGAAAUGUGGAUAUGGCAGUGAAGAUUUUCUAUGAAAUGGUAGAAGAGAACUACAUCAUAAGCUUAGAAAACUUUUCAGCUGUUAUCAAGGUGUUGUGUGCGGUAAAGAAGGUCAAUGAGGCUGAGAUUAUGUUUAAUGACAUGUCUAGAAGAUGCAAAAUGGUUGAUGUAAAUAGUUACAGAAGAGUGUUAGACGAACUAAUAAGACAAUGAACUCAUAAUGAGACCAGUUUGAGACUAUUGUGUUUCU